AUGUUAAAGAAGUACGGGAACAUUAUACAAGAACAGGAACGAAGGGGAUUCAUAGAGAGAGUGGAUGAAACAGCUGAAACUCAAGGAAUAAUACACUAUAUUCCUCAUCAGAAAGAAUCAAGUACUACGCCUAUCCGAAUCGUUUAUGGCUGCAGUUGCCGCCAGUCGCCUAAUUCGCCUAGUUUGAAUGACUGCCUCUUGGACACACCGCCGAAACUAAACGACCUGACAAAAAUUCUGAUGAGAUUUAGAGCCAACCCUGUCGCCAUAACAACGGAUAUUGAAAAGGCUUUUUUACAUGUUGGAUUAAACGAAGAUGACCGAGACGCUACACGUUUCUUAUGGCUCAGUAACCCAUCCGACCCUACAAGUAAUCUACAGACUUACCGGUUCAAAUCCGUCCUUUUCGGGGCGACUUGUUCGCCGUUUAUGCUCAAUGCCACGAUACUGAAACAUUUACAACGUUACAACAGUACAACAGCUACAUUGAUGGAAAGAGACUUGUACGUAGACAACAUUCUGACAAGUUUACAGAACGAUGAUGAAGCUAAUACGUAUUAUAAGGAAGCGAGAACAAUGAUGACGGAAGCCGGAUUCAACCUGCUAUCGUGGACAUCGAACAGUGAAAAUAUACGCACGCUAGCCAAGACGGAACAUGUACUAGAUAAGGACAUCAACACAAAAGUACUUGGUAUGUUAUGGAAUAGCAAAUCCGAUGACCUGAUGUACCAGAAAUGUGAGAUUAAACUACGAGACAUUGUAACAAAAAGGGAGAUUUUGAAACAUUCUUCGAAAAUAUACGAUCCACUUGGACUACUCAGCCCCGUAACAAUACGAGCAAAGAUGCUCAUACAGGAGCUAUGGAAAAGUAAACUUGAUUGGGAUGAACCAGUUCCGGAAAACUUUAAAGCUACUUAG